UAUACAAAAGAAGGGUGUGGGUGAUUCCAUUCGAACACAAGACAACAACAACAAAUCUUAAGUUGGCUUUCUUCUCUUUUGUUCGACCGUGUCACGUGCGAGAACAAUGAGAAUUGCCAUUUUCCACUCCCUAUCUAAACCUUUGAAUCUUAUUCGAUUCAAUUUCAUCACGACUUAAAUACCAUCGCAUGUUCAUUCAUUGAUGGUCAUGUUCUUCCCUUAAACCUUCUUCAAAAAGUCAAAAUUGAAAACCUUUCUCUCUCUUAACUCCUUCUCGUCAUCGCCCCAAAGCUUCUCAACAACAUGACGGAUAAUGAAGAACCGAUGAUCGUACCUGGAUCGAUGUCUGAAUUAGCGUUUAAUAAAUAUAAGCGAUGGCAAUGGUGGUGUCUUGUGACACUUAGCAUAGCCUUUCUUAUAGUUGGCCAAUCUGCUGCUGUUAUCCUUGGAAGAUUUUAUUAUGAUCAGGGUGGAAAUAGUAAAUGGAUGGCUACUCUAGUUCAAACUGCUGCCUUCCCGAUCUUGUUCAUUCCAUUAUUUACAAUUCCUUCACCUCCAGAGGCUUCAACUUCUGCUUCACCUCCCAUCAAAAUUAUUCUUUUGAUAUAUUUUGGUCUUGGAGUCUUAAUUGCUGCUGACAAUAUGAUGUACUCCACUGGACUCUUAUACCUCUCGGCUUCUACCUAUUCGCUGAUUUGUGCAUCACAGUUAGCUUUUAAUGCAGUUUUCUCAUAUUUUAUCAAUUCUCAAAAGUUCACUGCCUUGAUUAUAAACUCUACAGUGGUUCUCACUUUAUCUGCUGCACUCCUUGCUGUUAACGAAGACACAGAUGAACCAUCUGGUUUCUCCAAGGGAAAGUACAUUAUUGGUUUCCUAUGUACCCUUGGAGCUUCUGCAGUGUACUCUCUUUUGCUUUCCCUCAUGCAGCUGACCUUUGAGAAGGUUCUGAAGAAGGAAACAUUUUCUGUUGUUUUGGAAAUGCAAAUCUACACAUCAUUCGUUGCCUCUGGUGCUUCUGUCAUAGGCCUAUUUGCAAGUGGGGAAUGGCGUACUUUGCAUGGAGAAAUGGAGGGUUUUCAGAAAGGAUAUGUUGCUUAUGUUAUGACUUUGGUUUGGACUUCAAUAGCCUGGCAGGUAUGCUCUGUUGGUGUUGUUGGCUUGAUCUUCCUAGUGUCUUCUCUCUACUCCAAUGUUAUAAGCACAGUUUCUUUAGCCGUAACUCCUAUUGCUGCUGUUAUAGUUUUUCAUGAUAAGAUGAAUGGGGUGAAGAUAAUUUCUAUGCUUUUGGCUCUAUGGGGUUUUGCCUCUUAUAUUUAUCAGAAUUAUCUUGAUGAUUCAAAGACAAGACAUGCACAAGCUGCUACUAAGUCCCAAAAUGAUUCUUCAUGUUGAGAAUAUUCAAUUUGGUCAUACCUUUGUCGAAGUUUCCUUUUUUCUUUUUAGAUUUAAAUCCUUCAGUACACCAUUUGCUAGCUUUAGAUUUUAUUUUUCCUUCAGUCUCACUGAACUUGUGAGGUAGUAUAGUUAUGAAGUUAUUGGUCAUUCUAGAUUAUUGUUCUCUCAUUUAAGAAAUGAAAAGUUUAUUGGUGUCUCGGACUGGUUGGAACUUGGAAGUCUCCGAUCUUCGUAUUCCAAAUGUAUUUUUAUGGCUUUUGUGAAUUGUAAUAAGUUGAAUAAUCUCUGUAUGAUUAGUGGAAGUCUUAAGAUUGAUAUAAGUUUUCUUUGCAAUUUUUU